AUGAACGAAGAGCUGCGCAUCCGUUCGUCGGUGGAGUCCAUCCGGCGCCACAUGUCGGCCAUCCACAGCCGCAAGGUGCGCGUCGUGCUCAUCUCGGGGGUCCUCUGCAUGUGCGUCGGCCUCGGCGCCCUCACCGUCAUCGUCAAGAAGCCAGAUGUCAUCCAAGGGGCUCUCGCCUUCUUUGCAAUCCCGCUGCAAGCCAACACCAGCAGUGAAGUCCUGGGCUCGCCGGACCCCGCCAAGGCUGUAGUCGACGGCGGCACGCCGAUCUUAGCUUCGCCGACACCGACGACUUCGGACAACUCGUCUUCGUCCACGACGACGGUCAGCAAGACGUUGCACUCUCUACCUUCGAAUGCCAGCACCACCGACUCGACGCUCGCGUCUUCUUCUGCGGGCACCGCAGCCACCGUAGUGCCUUCCGCCGAGACGACGUCGCCGGGCAACAUUUCCGGGAUACCGACUGCCACAGCCGGCGUAGAGACUUCGCAGGAGCUAAGCGCCCUGUCGUUUAACGCGACGGGAAUGGCAGUGGCAGGCGCCGACAAACACGCUUCUCGAAAACCGACGCUGUCUGAACGUGCUUCCGCGGUCUUCGAGUCGUCGUCGCCCGUAUCUCGAAAGGUAUCGACGACGUCCAGCGUCACGUCCAGGACUGCGUAUCUGGUCGUCGACAGAGGUGGUCCGAAAGAAAAGAUGCAGCUCUGGCCCCGAGUGAUGCGAGAGGUCGAGGCCCCGGUGCCGGAGAAAGACGAAGCGGCUGCCCCGCCUGCUUCUGAGACCAGCGGCGACGAGCCUGCAGGCGCAUCCAAGCUGUGGUACUACAUCAGCAGUUCCGGAGGCAACAGCACGUCCGAUGACGCGGAUGACGAAGUGUUCGGCGAAGGCGAUGAUGUGGAAAAUCCGUAG